AUGCCAUCGCAUUCAUUCGAUCAGCACGAGCGCGAAAACACCGUCUCUUCCUCUUCCACCGCCGACUCUUCCACGCUUCCCACCGGCUCACGCGAGAACGAGCAACACACCAGCACCGCAUCGCAUCCAUCGGAUCCGCAUCGCGACGCUUCCUCAUCCACAUCCACCGCUACUGCUCUUCCCAACGAUGCAUCCAACGCCGCAGCCCCUUCCGCAUCCUUGGCCACGCGUCGUGCAGGCCGCGUACACUGGGAUGGCUCUUCCAACGCAGCCAGUUUACGUCGCGGCGGCCAGCUCCAGAUUCGUUCCGGAGGCGCGCUCGCAGGUCCCACCGUCACCGUUCGAGGCGCCGCUCCAUCUCAGGACCAAACCCGUCAAGGCCUCAGCCUCGGUUCCGUGCGUCGCAACCAUCAUCCAGGCCCGCUCAACAUUGCAGAGCGUCUCACGCCCCAGAACGAAAUGCCGGCAUCGUCCCUCUCUCCACCUCUCACCGAACCCUCCGCUGCUCCUGCCGCAGAGCCAUCCACACAGGCCGCCGCCACCACCACAACCGCCCAAAAGAUCCCAACCCUCUCUCUCACCGGCGCAAAGGGCCUCGACGAACAGGGCCUCGACAAUCGCGCCUUUCUCGAGCUCCAGCGUGAGCUCCAGAGGCAUGAGGCCCUCAGCGACGAUGGCGCAAGCCACCUCAGCUGGCAAGAAAACGACCGCACCCAAGACAGCGCAGGCCGCGAUCGCCUAGCACAGGUCUUUGCCGAUCGCGAGCGAGACCGCGAAGAACGUCGCAGACGCCAGCGCACAGCAGACCUCAACGGCACCGACACCCCCGCCACCUUUGGCGACGUCAGCGGUGCCGCCACUCCCGGCUCCGCCACCAGCGACAGCAGCUACGACCCUGCCAACGACUCGGACCUCGACCACAUCGACCUCAUCGCCGGCGAGACCGAUGGCAUGCCUUCGCGCAUCAAGAAGCCCCGGGAUCAGAAUGCCGACGCCGACGACCAGCCAAAAGGCUGGGCAAAGCUUCGCGGCAUCUUUGGUCGUCCUCCACCCGCCGACGACGAGGACCAGGAGGAAAAGGGCCAGGUCCCCGCCCCCAUCCUCGACCGGGGCGCUGCCAAGGCUCAGGAACAAGGCGGCCCCACCAACUGGAAGUCGGUCCCCGUAGAGACCUCCAGCGGUCUUCACACCGGCGAUGGUCCCCGACGUCGUCCCAACAAGUUUGAGCGCGAGGCAGCCAGGCUCGUCCAACAGCACAAGCUCACCCAGCAGCGUCAGGAGGCCCUCGACCGCAUCGGCCGAUCCCACCUCCCCGACACCGGUGCCACCACGCCCGACCCCAUGGAGACCACCAUGAACAUGGACGCGCGCCCCGUCACUUCCGGCGGCGUCCUUGGUAACCUCUUGCGCCUCUACGAGCAGCAGCAGCGCGACAUCUCGGCCAGGAGCGCCGCCACCAGCUCCGUCGCCAGCAACAGCGAGUACAAUCCCGAUGGCGACGGCAGGCCGCUCUUUGGCAACCACGAGACGGCAGAGUCGAUCCAGGCAAAGCUCGACUCGCCAGGCUUUCAGCGCAAGCUCGAACGCUACGAAAAGCUCGGCACCGCCGCCGUCUCCACCUCGUCCAAGGUCAUGCGCGGCGUCGCAAACGAGACGGGCAUCGAGAGUGCGCUCGACGAAAGACCCAAGGCGGCAAGGAGCGGCGCAGGCGUGUUUGGUGCGCUCGUAGCCACCACGGGCAACCUCGUCGGCGCCGUCUCGCCGCAGCACGCGCAGCUGGGCCCCAACCCAAAGCGUCCCGGCUGGUCGCUCGACCGCUACCUCUUGCCCGAGAUGAACGCAAAGACGCUCAAGCGCACCGCGCAGAUCGUCGCCGACGCCGCUCCUACGCCGUACCGUCGCAGCAACGUCGGUUCUCCGCUCGCUUCGCGCAGCCACUCGCUGCCCACCAGUCCUGACCCCGAACGUCGCGACAGCUCGACUCAGGCCAACUCUCCCUCCGCCUCUGGCCACGCCACUCCGCACAAGAAGCGUCCCAGCUCGAUCAUGCACCUGCCCUUGCGCACCCACACCGGCGGCAGCUCGGUCGACGGCCAUGGGGCCGUUGCAAGCGGUGGCAUUCGCAAGCGCCACCUCAUCCCGGGCGCCAUGUCGCGCGCAUGGACGCACUCGAACCUCAACACGCCCGACGUCAACGCCGGCUUGGGCCCCGACUACUUUGGUCCCGAGGCGGAAAAGAUGCACUCGGACUACCACAAGCAAGAGUGGCAGCGCAAGCUCAAGAAGCGCGCCAAGGACAAGAAGCGCAAAGAGGAGAUCUUUAUCACGAUGCACGUCGCCGCAAUCCUGCAGCGCCAGCAGUUUAUCAUGAAGCUCGCGCGCGCGCUCAUGAUGUUUGGCGCGCCCACGCAUCGCAUCGAGACGCAGAUCCAGCAGACGGGUCGCGUGCUCGACAUCAACUGCCGCUGCAUCUACCUGCCCAACCUCAUGCUCAUCGCGUUUGGCGACGACACCACACACACCUCCGAGACCAAGUUCAUCAAGCAAGGCUCCGGGCUCGACCUCACCAAGCUCACCGACAUGCACACCAUCUACUGGAACGUCAUCCACGACAAGAUCGGCGUCGAGGAGGCUUCCAACCAGCUCGACGAGCUCAUGCGUCGCAAACCCAUCAUCGGUCGAUGGCCCAUGGUGUUGAUCGGCGGGUUUGCAUCCGCGUUUAUCUGCGUCGGUCCGCAGGGGUUCAACGGCAGCUUUAUCGACGCGCUCAUGGCGUUCCCCCUGGGUGCGUUUUUGGUGUAUUGCCAGUCGAUCAUCACCACCGAGCUGUACAGCAACGUGUUUGAGAUCGUCUUUGCCACGCUCAACUCGUUUGUCGCCGCCGCGGUGCAGAGCUCGGGCUACUUUUGCUAUGCCGCCGUCGUGUCCGGCUCCAUCGUGCUCAUCCUGCCCGGCUUUAUCGUGCUGAGCGGCUCGCUCGAGCUGCAGUCCAAGAACUUGAUCGCAGGAUCGGUUCGGUUAGUAUAUGCCAUCAUCUACUCGCUCUUUCUCGGGUUUGGCAUCUCGAUUGGGGUCUCGUUCUGGCAGCUGUUUUCGGGCAACACCUCGACCGAGGGAUUCAACAAUUGCAGCCUGCGGCAUACGGAUCAGUGGUGGAGGUCGGAUGUGGCCGAGAUCUGGGCGAUCUUGACGGCGCCUGCGUAUUCGAUUUGCUUGUCGCUGCGCAACCAGGCCAAGAUUACGCGCAAGGAGUUUCCCGUCAUGGUGCUCAUCGCGUGCGGUGGGUGGGCUUGCAACCACUUUGCGGCCAAGGCGACGGCGCUGUCGCGACGACAGGACGUCACCGCCGCGCUGGGAUCGCUGGCCGUAGGCACCAUGGCCAACGUUUACGGGCGCAUCUUUGACGGGCGCAGCUUUGUGGUCUCGGUCCCCGGUAUCCUGUUCCAGCUGCCAAGUGGUCUGUCGAACGGCGGCGGCCUGCUCAAUUUUGCGAGCAACCAGGACUCAACGUCGGCCUUUGCGUCUGGUUUCACCGUCGCCCAGUCGCUCGUCGAGGUGGCGCUUGGUUUGACCGUCGGUCUAUUCGCCAGUACCGUGCUGUCGUACCUGCUCGGCGGCCGAAAAAUGCGCAACGGCGGCGGUCUCUUUAGCUUCUAG